AGUGAAACCGACAGUAAUUUAGCAUUAUAUCCUUUUGCGUAUUUACCAGAAAUCAGAAAUAACAAUAACAAGUUUAUCCUUAAUCCUUCGUCAAAAAUUUUGGAAAUUUUGAGAAGCAAAUAGAAGUAGUUGGUAAUGAAUUUAAGUAUAUGAAAUGGAAGAUUUGUUGUGAUUACUGAAAUAUUUGAAAAAUUGGAAAUGCUUGUCAAUAAUAACUUUUCAAAUACAGAAAUUGUGGAAGAUAUACUCAAAAGAGUGCAAAUACAUUUCUUUGCAACAAUAAUAAAAGAUUAGAACAGACUGGGAAUUCAAUUAUCAAACAGAAAGACGACCAAAACAUAUUUUCUGUUGAUGACCAGAAUGAAACUUUAACACAAAUUAUUGACAUACCCUAACCUUGAACUCAACAGUUAUAGCCAAUACGAAGCGCGAAUUAUAGAUGGGUAAUCCAAUACCAGAUGUGGAAUUUGCGAAACAAUUUGAAAUAUCAACUAAGAAAUGGUGGCAAAUUCCUUAUUACAUGUAUUUCUGUGGUUUUACAGCCAAUCUAAUGAUAGUUUCACUAGGAAUGAACAUAGCAUGGAUUUCACCGUCGUUAGGAAAGUUGAAAUCGAAUGACACUAACAUUAAUCCUUUGGGAUCUCCAAUAACAACGCUUCAGACAUCUUUAGUUACUGCCAUUCCUUACUUGAUUGCAAUAUUAACAAAUGGAGUUUGGGCGAAACUUUUGGAUAAAUUAGGAAGAAAGAGAACCAUGCAGUUGGGUGCUAUUAUAUUAACUUGUAGUUUGUUGGGUACUGCAUUCGCAGCCAAUAUAUCGAUUCUUUUCGUUUCAUUAAUUAUUAGUGGCAUGUGCGUUAAUGGCGGAAUUAUUUCUGCAUCUGUAUAUAAUAAUGACAUUGCAGACGAUAGUAACAGAGGAACCUUGGGUUGUCUAUUGGCACUAAACCUUCCAAUUGGUCUUGUCCUUUGUUACUUUUUUGGAUCAAUAACUAGCAUCAAAUAUUUAUCUUUGAUUUGUACAAUACCAUCGAUUUUUAUUUUGUUAUUGUCCCCAUUCAUAUGCGAAUCUCCUGUUCACUUAGUGCGUAAUUCAAAAAUUACUGAAGCUAUUGAAGCCCUAGAGAAACUAAAACAAACCAAAGACAGCGAGGUAAUUGAUAACGAGAUUAAAAAAAUCAAAGAUAACAUAGAGGUCAUGUCUUCUUGCAGACGAAAAACUUUUUUAGAUAUAUUUAGGAAUCGCGCCACGAGAAAAGCUGUUGUAUUAUGUUACCAGUUAUUUUGUAUAGAACAAUUCUCUGGUAUCUCGCCGGUAUUAGCAUUUGUUGGUCCCACUUUUAACAAAGCUGGUUUGGUAUGGUCCGGAGAUACCGUUGGUAUAGUAGUAGGGUUAACUAAGUUCUUAGCAACCUUAGUGGCCCUUUAUUGCAUAGAUCGAACAGGUAGGAGACGUCUGUUGUUGGUUUCCUCUUUAUCUUGUACAUUUUCACUACUUCUUCUUGGAUUUUCAUUUUAUAUAAAAUAUAUAAAAUCCCCUUUAUUGGAUGGUGCUCCCUUAUUAUCUGUAGCCCUUAUCACUAUCUUCAUUAUCGUACAUUCAUUGGGUCUUGGGAGCGUUCCUUUAACAUAUGCUGGAGAAUUAUUUCCAAAUGAUGCUAGAGCCACUGGAGUGUCUUUUGUCAUAGCUUUACAGCAAAUCAAUUUAUGUCUAGUGAAUUUCACUUUUCCUAUACUGUCUGAUAUCAUUGGAGAGCACUGGUGCUUUUGGAUUAAUGCUAUGGCGACGUUAACUGGUUUCAUAAGCAUCUAUUUUACCAUUCCUGAAACAAAAGGUAAAGCAUUUUCAGAAAUUCAAAAUAUGCUUUUAAAAAAGCAAUAAUAAUAAAUAUUAAAGUCUCUGGAUAUUUAUUAUCCUAAUUACAUCAUGUUCACUUAAAUUUUCGAAUAUUACAUUUGAAGGAUUAACGAGGAUCAAUGUUUAUGUAUUUGUAACAUAAUCUUUGACGUAGUUUAUGUCAUCUAGAGUAAAUUACUAAUCAUAGCAAAUUGAAUUAGGUGAUUAUUUCUUACUAAUUUUCAAUUUUUUAUGGACUAUUUACUCCAUCUAGUUCUGUGUGGAGAUUAGAAUCGGUAUGACCAAUGAAAGGUGUUGCAAAAGUAUCUUCAAUGUUUCUUCGUAAUUAAGUCAUGUGACCUCUACUUGGGGUUGAGAAAGUUUCAUUGCUCGAUCGAUUAACGUUUCCAAAGAUCAUGUUUUAGAGCAAAGAUUUCUCGAAAUGCUUUGAAGAGUGGUUUAAUGAAGAAGGUGAAUAUUAUUGUUAAAAUGAAUUUUUCUUUUUUAAUGCAUUCCAGAUAUAGAAUGAAAAAUACUUUUGAUUGACCAUACCAAGAUUCUAUAACGCAUACAGAAUAAUCCAUUUACAAUUAAAAAAGUCGUAUUAUUAAAAAAGUUAAGAUUCUUCACAAAGAUAUUUCUAAUUUAAAACCUGUUAUACAAUUUUAUUUUAUGCAAUAUGUGUUCAAUUAUAUCUUAGUUCAAAGUAACUAUUUAUUUCAGUAGCCUUUUGUUUUAAAAAACUUAAAAUAAAACUUGAGCUUAUGAUUUUAAGAGCAUAUGUUUAUUGACUACUCAUCCUAUUCCUGGACCAAUGAAUAGACACGCACGAAUAUAAAUCACUAUCUUAAAACUAUGGAAUAAUUUGGAUUAUUACAAACAUAUUUAUGAUUAUCUUACAAAAAGUAGAUUGAAGAUAGCUCUUGGAAAUUGCAAUGAAAAGCAAUUAAGCUUUAUGCAAUUGCCACUAGUUAACUAAUAUCUCGAAUUGAAAAAACUAUUGGAAUGUUUAAGCACAAUAGAUAUGAUAAAUCAAGUCCUAGAUUAUUGCUUCGAUCGCGGGUCUGAUUCCAAAUCAGUUUGUAACUAAUUUAUGCUUCAUUACAAACCUAUUCAGGAUGCUGAUUUAUCGCGAACGAUUUACUGUAAGUAAUUUAUCUAUCAAACGGGUCGUUUCUUGUUCCUCAUUUUUUUUAGUUAUUGUAUUGAAUAUAACCUAAGAAAACUUAGUAAUGAGCUGCUUUGGAGGAGAUCAGUAAACAUAAACUCCGUUCAUAUUUACACUAGUAAUUUUUAUUCAAAGGUAUAUUGCAAUUUUUGAUUUUCCAUUAACUUCUGAAAAGGAAUUCUAUAAAUGAACUCAUCAAUCAUCAAAUAAUGAACAGGACAUCAGAACAAAAAAAUAUUGAUCUUGUGUUAUUAUUAUCGGCAGUUUCAAUACAUCUCCCUAUUUUAGAGUGUACUUUUAUUAAUUUCAUUCAUUAUUUCAAAGUUUAUUACAUUGAUUCAAAAAAUGUUUUUAUAAAUAAAUGUUAUAUGUUA